UUUUUUUUUGUUAGAGACCAUGUUUAGACCUUUAAUCCGUUCAGCAGUGGUUCCUUUGAUUAAACAGUCAACUCUCAGAACUACCAAGAAACUUUUGUCUCAACCUGCUGUCAUUCGUACAGCAACUGCUUCCACUGGUUACUCUAUUGGAAAAUAUGCUUUAUCAAGAGCAUAUAGUACUGAUGUUUCUGAGCAUACCAUCGACUCAAACGACGAAGUUGUUACAGGACAAGAAGAAAUCCAUGAAUUCAAAACAGAAACCAAACGAUUAUUAGACAUUGUAGCCAAUUCACUUUAUUCUGAAAAGGAGAUUUUUGUUCGUGAACUUAUUUCCAAUGCUGCUGAUGCACUUGAAAAACUUCGUCAAACACAAGCAACAGAAGCCGAUGUAGACAGCGGAAAGCCUUUGGAAAUCCGUAUUGAAUUAAACCAAGAAAAAAACCAAUUCAUUAUCCAAGAUUUUGGUAUCGGUAUGACAUUGGAAGAACUCAAUGCCAACUUGGGUACCAUUGCUAGUUCAGGCUCAAAGAAGUUCAUGGAAAAAAUGGAAAAGGAUAGUGCUAAAGGCGCUAAAGAAAACAUCAUUGGUCAAUUUGGUGUUGGUUUCUAUUCAACUUUUAUGGUUGGUCAGAAGAUCAAAGUAUAUACAAAGUCUGCUCUUCCUGGAUCCAAGGGCUAUUGUUGGACUACUGAUGGUCAAGGAUCUUAUACUGUUGCUGAAGCAGAGAAUGUGGCUGUUGGUACCAAGAUCAUAAUUGAACUUCGAGAAGAUUCCAAAACCUAUGCUUCUGAAAUUGAAAUUGAUUCUAUCAUCAAGAAAUACUCCAACUUUGUUGGAUUCCCCAUUUACUUGAAUGGCAAAGAAGUCAACACUGUAGAUGCUUUGUGGACAAAAGAUCGCAACAGUGUCACACCUGAAGAACACACACAAUUCUAUCGCUUCAUUGCUAAUGCCUGGGAUGAUCCUCAAUACACAUUGCACUUCAAGACAGACUCCCCUCUGUCUAUUUCUUCAGUACUCUAUAUCCCUGAAAAGCACAUGGAAUUGCUGGGUGAACAAACAAAACCUGGUGUUUCUUUAUAUUCUCGUAAAGUAUUGAUUCAACCUGAAUCUGCUGGCAUUUUGCCUCCUUAUUUGCGUUUCAUUAAGGGUGUUGUUGAUUCUGAAGAUAUUCCAUUGAAUGUCUCUCGUGAAUUGUUGCAAGACAAUAUCUUAUCUCGCCUUCGUAUGGUCAUGACAUCCAAAGUACUCAAAUGGCUUGAUACGGAAGCGAAAAGAGAUCCCAAGAAAUACAAUGAAUUCUUUUUGGAUUAUGGGCAAUUUAUCAAGGAAGGUGCCUGUACAGAUGCUAUGCAUAAGCGAGAAAUCGGUAAAUUAUUGAGAUUUGAAAGCAGCAAGUCAGAAAAUGGUAGCAUGAUUAGUUUAGAAGAUUAUGCUAGCCGUAGCCAAAAAGGACAAAAACGUAUCUAUUACUUGUUGACACCUAAGCGUAAAUAUGCUGAAGAAAGCCCUUAUACGGAAAUGUUCAAGAAGAACAAUGUGGAACUGUUGUACUUGUAUGAAACCGUAGACGAGUUUGUUGUGAACCACUUAAAGGAAUUCCAAGGUUAUGAGCUUGUUUCUGCCGAUUCGCCUGAAGCUGCUUCAGAUCCUUUAUUGCAAAUUGGCCGUGAAGAUUCGAGCGCUUCUUUGUCUGAUACAGAUGCUAAAGAUCUUGCCCAAUGGAUCGAGAAGAGUUUGGGCCGUGAUGUUGUCAAAGGUGUCAAUGUCUCCCGCCGUUUGGCCACUUUCCCUGCCAUUGUGCUUGAGCAUGAAAGUCCUGCUAUGAGAAAAAUGAUGCAAAUGAUGCAAGGCUCAGCAAGAAUGGAAGAAACACCUUCUGAUCCUACUCUUCUAGAAAUCAAUCCUGAUCAUCCUGUGAUGAAGGGUUUAUUUAACAUUCGUCAAACAAAUCCAGACUUGGCCAAAUUGGUGACCGAACAGAUUUACGAUAAUGCUCUAUGUGCUGCUGGUGUUUUAGAUGAUCCUAGAUCCAUGAUUACUAGACUCAAUAAGCUCUUAGAAGUGACAGUCAAAGCUGUUGAACAAGAAAAAAAAGUGAUAGUGUAAAACAAAAUAGAAUAAAAUUCAUAUAUAUAUAUAUAUAUAUAUAUAU